UUUAUUUACGUAUGUUUGGUUACUAAAAAUUGUUAAAUAAACUCAUAAAAAACAACAAUAAAUAAUAAUAUAAAUAUUAUAAAUUUGAAUUAAACAUGAAGAUUAAAAAUAAAGUAAAGAAAUCAGAUGAAAAAUUUGAAGCUGGUGAGUUUGUGAGAAUUAAAAAAACAAAUUCAGCAAUAACUCCAAAAAAAAAGUUAAAUAAAAAAAGAAAAUUAAAUAAACAAUUAAAUGUAAGUCAUAAUGAACCUGAUGAAUCUGUGAUUCUUGACAGUACAUUUAAUGAAGAUGACAAUGACAAUGUUGUUGAUACAACAACAAAUGAAUUCGAAACAACUGUAGAAAAUAUCCAAGAUGAUGACAAUGUUGAUGAGGUUAAUUUUCCUCAUUUCUAUACAUUAGACAAUAAAGUUAUUUGUAUUAUUGAACCAAAUACAAAAUUUUCAUUUCAUGGUAAAUUAAAAAUUAAAGUACUUUAUGGAGCAGUUAAAAUAUACGGUUCAAAACUUGAUAAAACAAACACAAUUAAACCAGUUAAAGUUUAUUCAACACGUGGAUCAAGUUUAGUUACAAUUGAAACAACAACAUCAUCAUCAUCAAAAAAUUCAAUAUCAGAAGUAUGGAAUGCACUAGCUGAGGACAACAUUGAUCAACAUGUUGCAAAUACAUUACAAAAACAUGUCAAUAAUUUAACAGAUGAUUGGUCAGUUUUAUCAAUUCAAACAUUUGAAAAUAUAUUAACAAAAUUUUUGAGUAAACAUUGUACACAUAGACUAUUUCCAAAAAUAGAAGAUCCAACAAAUUACACAUGGUUUGAUAAAAAAAGAGCUGAAAUUUUUUUACAAACAAAUUUUUAUGCUGAAAAUUGUCGUAAGCUAUCAAUAAACAUUGAUAAAACAAAUGAAUUUAUUGAUAGAAUAUAUAAUCGUUGUAAAAAUAAUGAAUUAAUUAAAAUAAUAAUAACUGGUGGUAAAAAUGUUGGUAAAUCAACAACAGCAAGAUGUCUUGUUAAUAAAUUACUUGAAACAACAGAAGCAGUUGUUUACAUGGAUUUAGAUUGUGGUCAAUCUGAAUUUACUCCAGCAGGUUGUAUAUCAUUAAGCAUCAUUAAAAAACCUCUAUUUGGAUCAAAUUUUACACAUUUACAAACACCAUAUCAUCAAAUUUAUGUUGGUAGUGCUGAUGUAACACGUUGUAUAACAAAUUAUAUUAAUGGAAUUGAAAAACUUGUUAAGUAUCUUGAUGAUUCAUCAGUGUUAAAUAAAUAUCCAGUUGUUGUUAAUACAAUGGGUUUUUGUAAAGGCAUUGGUAGUGAUAUUAUAUCAUAUACAAUACGUUCAAUAAAACCAUCAGAUGUAUUACAAAUAAUAUCUAAAAAAUCAAAAAAUAAUUUUGAUUAUAAUUUAACAGCAUCAACUGUUAAUUGUCAAACAUUUUCAUGGUGUGAUGUUAAAAAUUUUGAUCUUAAAUAUAGUGAACAUCAAUUUCAUGUAUUAGAUACUGAAGCUGAAAAUCAUCGUGGUCUUAGUGAAGGUUGGAAUAUUGAACCACAUCAACAACGUGAAAUAAGUAUGUUGUCAUAUUUAAGUGGAAUUAUUUUAUCAAAUAAUAAUAAAAAUAUUGAUAAAAAUAUCAAUGAAAUUGUACCAUAUGAAAUACCAUUUUCAUCAGUACAUGUAUCAUUAGAUAGACCAUUGAUACCACAAAUACUUUCUGUUAUGAAUGGUAAUAUUGUUGGUCUUUGUGGUUGUGAUUUUGAUCAAGAUAAUGUCUCAAUUGAAGCUCAAGAUAAUUGUGAUGAUUAUCCAAAGGUGUUGCUAAGAGCUGUUGCACCAACUUGCUAUGGUUUUGGUAUCGUAAGAGGUGUAGAUAUGGAAAAUAAAAAAAUAUAUAUUAAUACUCCACUUGCAAUGUCAAGAUUGACUCAUGUCAAUUGUUUAAUUGGAUCUAUGCCAGUACCUUCUGGUUUAUUGCAAUUUAAUAAACCUGGCUUACCAUAUGCUGGUGGUGAAUGUGAUUUACCAACUAGUCGAGAUCCAAGAAGAGGAUACUUUCGCAUGAGACAAAAUCGAAAUGAUGCUUAAAUUAAAUUUAUUUUUUUAUAAAUAAUAACAAUGUCAAGUGUAAUUAACACUUGGAACAAUAGUUGACUUGAAAAUAAAAAUAUUGUUUUAUUUUAAAUACUGCAAGUGGUAUUUAUUUAUUUAAUAGUUUUAUUUUUGUUUAUUUUUUUUUAAUACUUGGUUUUCAUAGACAAGUUUUUGAUGAUGUAAUUUGGAAUUAGUAGCUUCUGUUAAUGUGUGAUAAUUAAAUUUGAUUAUUAUGCAAAUGAAAGGGUGAAGUGUGGUUGACAAUCUUCUCUGAUUCCAGAUGGACAUUUGAUUUUAGAUUUAAAUUAAUUUAACAAAUCAUUACAAGGCAAAGACAUUAAAUCUAAAAGUUAACAUUAAAAAUUUAUUUUUUUUAUUUAAAAAAUAAUUCAAAGAGACAAAAAAUAUUUAUUCUGUUAAUUUCAUUAUUUUAUUUUCAAAAUUUGACUCUAGAAAAAAUCAAUAAUCCCUUAAUAAAAUUAUAGAAAUUUAUAAAAAUAAUUUCUCCACAAUUAAUUAUUCAAAAGACCUGUCACACAAAAAUCUAAUAAAUAUUCUAUCAAACAAAUUUAAUCCCAUUUAAAAAAUCAUUGAAAUAAAAUAAUUUUUUUCCACGGACAAUUAACAGUAGCAAAUAAUAAUUUGAAAAUUAAAAAAAACCAUUGAUAAAAGGUAAACAAUAUUGUUGUGUGAAUGGCAACAAGAAAAUAAUGGUGUAAAAAUAAAAAAAAAUAAAUAAAAACAUUGAAUCGAUGAAUGAGUACGUGUUGAGGGUGAAAAAAAAAAUAAUAAAAAAAAAGUGUUAAUCGAGUUAACGGCAUGAUGAAAAAGGGGACAACAUUUAUAAAAAGAGAAAGAUAAUAUAUAAAAUAUACCCCACGCUGACACUUGACUCAAAAAAAAAAAAAAAAAAA